AAUCAGGGGGUGACCAUGACCUGCUGUGAAGGAUGGACAUCCUGCAAUGGAUUCAGCUUGCUGGUUCUACUUCUAUUCGGAAUAGUUCUCAAUGCAAUCCCUCUCAUUGUCAACUUUGUGGAUGAAGGCCAAUUUUUUCACAACCCCAUCUCUUGCUUUGAGUGGUGGUUCCCAGGAAUUAUAGGAGCAGGUCUAAUGGUCAUUCCAGCAGCAACAAUGUCCUUGGCAGCAAGAAAAAGAGCGUGCUGCAACAACAGAACUGGAAUGCUUCUGUCAUCACUUCUGAAUGUAAUCACGAUCAUCGGUGCUGUGUAUUGCAUAUUGGUGUCUAUUCACGCUCUCAUAGAAGGUCCCCUCAUUUGUAACUCUGAAGGGAACAGCACUUCCAAUUGUGAAUUUUCAUUCAGUAACUUAAGUGACACUCAUCCAGAGUUCUUCAAUCUUCAGUGGUUCUACAAGGAGUCUUGCAUAGCUCCUACUGAUUACACUAAUCUCACCGUGAACAGCAUCAUGCCCAGUGGCUGGAGAGAACACAGCUUACACUUCAAUUCUAAAGAAAACAAACACCGGACGAUCCAUUUAACAGUGUUUUUAGGCCUACUACUUGUCGGGAUUCUUGAGCUCCUGGUUGGGUUCAGUCAGAUCGUCAUUGGUUUCCUUGGCUGUCUCUGUGGAGUCACCAAGAGGAGAAAUAGAAUUGUAUAAUUUAAUGGUAAUAAAAUGGAAAUAUUAGCAGUUUGAA